AUGGGGGUCAAUCCGGGCGUUGUGUUUCUCCUGAUCUGCAUCGGGCUUCUCACGACGGCCAUCGUCGUUCAUGUCACAAGCACCAAUCUUGCCCUUCCCAUCUCCCCGUUCUUGUCUUUGCUUCCCAUCCUGCUGCCCAUCAUCGGCACUGUCAACGCUUUCUACUACCCGCGCCUGCUGUUCAACGCGAGCACCUCUCCAGCCCGAACCGAGCAGCUGUUUCCAACCAUUAUCCAAUCCUUGCAAGGCAUUUUGACCACCGCUGUGGCCGUCAUCCUCCUGCAAACCGCUCUCCCCGGCGAUGGCCUCAACUGCUCCCUGUCCACCAGCUGGCAGCGCAUGUUUGUCGCCAAGGAUGAGUCGGCCAUCAAGCACAUCCAGGAUAGCCUUCAUUGCUGUGGCCUGAACAGCGUCAAGGACCGCGGCUGGCCAUUUAAUGGCAAUACACAUUGUGCAGAAAUCACCGGCCGCAAAACUGCCUGUGUCGGCCCGUGGAGGGACGCAACGGUGCGGAAUUCGUCCAUCGACUUGGGCGUCGUUCUCGUCGUUGGUGUGCUUCAGGUCCUGACCUUGCUCUUCAUGCAAAGUGCCAGCAACUGGAGACACGCGUGGUGGGCGCAGGGCUGGAGCCAUCUCUCAGAGCGCCCAAUCGAAGAGCGCGAGCGUACCAGACCCCUUCUCACUGCUGCUGUCUCGGCGUCCUCGUUACCGAACGAUAGUGGUGACGAAUCUGACAUCCCUGUGACUUACCGCGACCUUAGCCCGCAAUAUGGCACUACGGGGGAGGGACGACGGGGCCGUCUUCGCGCCGGCUCUGGUCGGGUUGAGCCCUCGUCGCUCAGAAAUAUCGAAAGUGUCGAAACUGCCGAAAAUGCCGAAAAUGCCUGGGGUAACGAGUAA